AUGGCUCACAACUCCCUCUCUGGUUCAGUUAAAAGAAAUAAAAGAAGACAUCUUUCUUCUUCUGAGGAUGAAGAAGUACCUCAGUCUGGUGAUUUCUGGCCAGAAUACUUGGUUAUUGCAGCUGCGGAUGGAAGUCCUUUCAAACUUAACCCUUUUGCCGUCUCCAAAGGCAUCCAAGGUGUCUGUGGAGAGGUUAAAAAUGCCACUCGCCUCAGAUUUGGUUCACUUUUAGUGGAAUGUGUUCGGAGGCAACAAUCUGUAAAUCUGCUUGGUUUACGGCAGUUUGUUAACACACAGGUUGUUGUUUCAGCACACAGGACAUUGAACUCCUGUAGAGGCAUCGUCAGAGAUUGGUCACGCUCUUUGUCUGAUAUGUCAGAAGAAGAGAUUGCAGAUGAAUUGAAAGAUCAAGGGGUCACUGCUGUCAAACGCUUUACAAGGAAACAAGAUUCAGGCACUGUGAACACAAAUACGUAUCUGUUUACUUUUGGAAUGACGACUCUUCCAAAAUCAAUUAAAGCUGGCUACUGCAACAUCGGAGUGGAGGUAUAUGUACCGAAUCCCCUCCGUUGUUUUCAGUGUAAAAAAUUUGGACAUGGUGCUAAGUCCUGCCAUGGCAAAACAAAAUGUUCCCGUUGCAGUGGGGCUCAUGCGAGCACUGACUGCACAAAUGACAUGAAGUGUGCCAACUGCAAUGGUGACCAUAUGGCAUCAUCAAAAUCUUGCCCAUCUUUCGAAAUUGAGUCCAAAAUAAUGAAACUCAAACGCACAAAACACAUGUCGUAUUUUGAUGCAAAGAAAUUAGUUCAGUCAAACCUGAAUACCUCUCUUACCUAUUCAGCUGCAGUUUCUUCUCCUGCUCAAGUAUUGGUUACCAAACCUGUAACAGUUUCUACAUCCUGCCAAACGGAUAUAUCUUGGGUAAAUGACAAGCAGCAAAUACUUGAGGAAAUCAGAAAACAAUCGUUACCGGGUAACAUCUCUUCAGCUUCUCAAACUGAAGAAUCCAGUAUAGAGCCAAGAACCGAUACCGUAUCCUCACCAGCAAUUACACAGAAUGACGUUAACCUUACUGCUACAGAAAAGAAAAAAAUGAGAAGAAAGACGAAGGCUCUUCAACAUUUGGAAGAAUCUUCCCCUUCAGCACCACCUGUGCUGGUUCACAAUUUGUCUGAAUCACUUGACAUGGAGAUCACUCCUUCCCAAACAGCUUGUAGGAGUGGCACUUCUCCGCGCUCUCGAUCUCCAAUCGAACCCCCAUGA